UGUCCCUCCCCAUACAAGGUGCGGCAGAGCAACAGGUGCGCAAGUUGACAUCGUCGAGCAACGGCCGCCAUUUCAAAACUUUUUUUUCCCUCAUACAUACGAAAAACAGCCGGAUUUAUCUACAACAGAUUUCAACAUAAUCAGAAGUUAAAUACCUAAGUCAGGGAGCAAGUUUUAAAUUUAAUUUUAGAUCACUAGAGGUGUAUUAAGCAAGUGGACGUCGCUCCUUAUAUUUGAAGUCAGCUGGUCGUCGUCGCGAAGAGGAAGGAAAGAAAAUGGCCAACUCCGGAUUGCAGAUGUUGGGAUUCGUCCUGUCGCUUUUAGGCUUAAUUGGCUUAAUAGUGGGCACAAUUUUACCCCAGUGGAAGAUGUCUGCCUAUGUAGGGGACAACAUCAUCACAGCAGUAGCAAUGUAUGAAGGCCUUUGGAUGUCCUGUGCUUUCCAGAGCACAGGUCAGAUCCAAUGCAAGGUCUACGACUCCAUCCUUCAGCUCAACAGUGCCCUCCAGGCGACACGUGCCCUCAUGAUUGUGAGCAUUAUCGUAACUGUGGCGGGCUUGGGCGCGGCCUGCAUGGGGAUGAAGUGCACCAACUGUGGCGGAGAUGACAAAAUACGCAAGUCUCGCAUUGCCAUGACAGGCGGCAUUAUCCUACUGAUUGGAGCUUUGUGCGCCAUCGUCGCCUGUUCUUGGUACGCUCAUGACAUCAUCCAAGCCUUCUACAACCCUUUCACACCAGUCAAUACAAAGUAUGAAUUUGGGUCGGCCAUCUUUAUUGCAUGGGCUGGAGCCUUCCUGGUUGUGAUCGGGGGUGGCAUGCUGGCAGCUUCUUGUCCAAGAGGCAAACCCUCACCGAAGUAUCCCAUCUCUCGACCUCCUAGCAGCACCAAGGAAUAUGUCUGAGCAAGACGGGCAUGAAAAAUGGCUUUACAACCCUUUUUUUAAUAAUCAGCAUAAUAUAACUCGGAGAUAGAGGAUUCAAAAAGACAUUCCGUACAUGUCUUUCAGUGUAUUCAGGGCAAUGUUUCAAUGUUACUGCAACAUUUUAACACAGUAAAGUUAAAUAUUCAAAAGACCACAAAGACUUGUAUUCACAUGACACUCGAGCACUAGUUUAACAUGAUAGUCGAACCUCCCCGUUGUUUUUCCAUUGGUUAUGCUUAAAAACAGAUACCAUGUUACACAUUACUUUGACCAUGCUUUACAAUGUUUCGUGUUAGAAUAAUAAAAAUGCACUGGACUAAGAAAAGGCAUCCUCUAAAACUUUCGGGCUGAAUGCUUACAAGUCAAUCAUCUGGCACCUGACAGGCAAGAUAACAUAUUUCCUUUGUGUGCCUUUUAUUUAUAUGAACAAGACAAAUGAUUCACGACCACAAACUGUUUUAAUCAAGUGCCAGAGGGAAAUGAUUAAUGUACAAUAUCGAUUUAUUCUAACAAGAUUGCCAUUGUUCUAUUUCGCUGUAAUAACGACACGUGUGAAGUUUGGUGAGAUAAAACCUGUGUAUGUUUAUGUCUUAUACAGUUUGUACUCCUGUUUUUAGUCAUGGAAGUUGCACUCUGAUGUCUUUUUUUUUUAAUUUGUGAUAGUUUUGUACAUAAAAGUUGAAUUGACAAAUGCA